AUGAAGCUUUCUACCCUUGUAUCUGCUGGUGCCAUUGCUGUUUCAUCUGCUGCUGCUGCCGAUCUGUCUGAAGUGCAGUUUCUCACUGCCUUUGUUGGAGACUUCCAGCUGAACAAGAAAGAUUACCUUGGUUUCAUCAAAACUGCCGAGAAUGUUCCUCCGCAAUUGACCUCUUUGGCCAUUAAGGUUGCCACUUACAAGGACGACUCAUACACAACCCUUUUGGACAACAGCCAAGUCAAUGUGCCUCAGUUGAUGUCUUUCGCCACAGAAUUGCCCUGGUACUCUAGAAUCGAGGCUGAGGCCGGCAUUUCCGCAAAAGGAAGCUCCACAAAAGACCAUCUGUCAUCUUCUGCUUCUUCUUCUUCGUCUUCAUCCAAGGGGGCCGGCGCGUCUAUGAUUGCUCCAGCUGGUGCUGUUCUUGGUGCUGCCGCUCUUCUACUUUUGUAG